AUCUGUAGAUCGACGACCGCGCAUCGCGUAAGUGGUACAAUCCAUUUGCAUGCAAGAUCGUCCAUGAAACGGACGUAGCGGAACUAUUCGACUCUAUAGGGACGGGCUUCAGGUCGUUAAUAGUAAGGUUUCACUUCAGCCUGCCGCCGUAUGUCGUCAUCCUCUAUUAGUAUCAGCCUCUCAUAUUCGUCUCUUUGUACUGUACUUCUUCGGCACGGGGCUAAUAGCGAGCGUCUGUGAUCGCCGAUACAGUCCGAAUCGGAUUUCUGUCCUCAACAGCGCUAGCAGACGGUGGAGUCAUGUACUCAACCAAGAGAAACGCGACCUCGCGAGGACUCCGGUUUGGCUACCGCGUUCAGCGUACGUUCGCCUCAUGACAUCCCCCAGUGCAGGGCGGCGCGACUCCGAGAAGGCCCCCAAAAGCCAUGACGACUCACAAAGUCUCGCCCAGCAACCCGCCGCCCUCUCUGCUAGCGCUGCACCCGACGGGGGCGCGAGGGCCUGGCUACAGGUCCUCGGCGGUUUCUUCAUCCUUUUCAACUCAUGGGGUAUAUUCAAUACAUAUGGAGCAUUCCAGACCUACUACGAGCAAGAGCUGUUUCCCUCCAGUUCUGCCUCAGCCAUCAGCUGGAUAGGCUCCAUACAGGGCUUCCUGCUACUACUCGUUGGUUCCCUGACAGGACCCAUCUUUGACAUGGGCUACACCCGAGUGCUCAUGAUUGUCGGGUCAUUUCUGAUGGUAUUCAGUCUGAUGAUGACCAGUCUCUCCACACAAUACUACGAGGCAUUUCUGGCCCUAGGGGUCACAUUCGGUCUUGGAAGCGGAUGCGUCUUCGUUCCUGGCGUCGCCAUCGUGUCAACUUACUUCAACAAAAGGCGCGGAUUGGCAGUAGGGAUCACAACGUCCGGGAGCUCUAUCGGAUCGGUCGUCUACCUCAGCGUGUUCCACCAGCUCCAGCCAAGGAUUGGAUUCCCUUGGACCGUGCGCGUGAUGGGGUUCAUUGUACUUGCUACAUCCGCCGUAUCCAUCGCAGUGAUGCAGCGCCGCAUCGCGCCUUCGGGGCGACGGCGGCUCUUCGACGCGAAGGCCUUUGCAGAGCUGCCCUACACGCUCUUCUGCAUCGGAAACGCAAUCUCAUUCAUGGGCACGUACAUCCCGUUCUUCGAGGCACCCGCCUUCGCCGCAGCCCGCACUUCCGCCUCGCCGACGCUCGCCUUCUACUUCCUGGCUAUCCUCAGCGCCGCCUCGACGCUCGGGCGGCUGCUCCCGAACUUCCUCGCGGACAAGACGGGCCCUCUCACGAUGCUCGCGGGCUGCGCGACGGCGACGGGCAUCCUCGCGCUCUCCUGGCUCGCAGUGCACACCGUCGGAGGCUUCGUGGUGUUCUGCGUGCUGUACGGCCUGUUCUCGGGCUCGCUCGUGAGCCUCCCGCCCGCGGCAGUCGCGAGCCUCACGGACGACCACUCCCGGCUCGGCGCGCGACUGGGCAUGGCGUUCGCCCUUGCGGGCUUCGGGCUCCUCAUUGGUAACCCCGUGGCGGGUGUGCUCGUGGAUCUGCGGACGGGCGAGUUCUGGAAGGGUAUCGUGUUCAAUGGCGUGGCCGUCUUGGCAGCGGGAGCACUCCUGCUGGCGGCCCGCGUUGCGAAGGCGGGUUGGUCGCUCAAGGCAAAAGUCUAGAGAUGAGAGAGACCAUUGCCUGGCUUCAAAUGCCAGCGCCCUGUCGCGAGGUUGACGAAUAAUAGAGCUCGCAGCGGCAAUAGUCGUAAUUUGUAGUAACUUAGAAGGUGUAGGUCUCGAAGGUGACAAAAGCCAUUCCAGUUAUGUUGCACAGCUCUCUGCGAGGGCUGCGCAUGACGCUCACAGUACUAGAUCUCCCAAUAUGACAGAGUGGGUAUCGUCUUCGGUG